AUGAUAUACGGUCGACUCGUGCCGCUCGUGGUGCUCGGCUUGCCACUCGCUGCGCUCACGGACGGAGCAGUCGACGCGCCCACGUCUGGUCUACGUCAAGUCAUUGUGCUGUCUCGUCAUGGCGUGCGCGGUCCCUAUGGCAUGGGAACUGAAGCGCCUUCGAAAGAGAUGCUGGAAAAGUACGUGCGCAAUCCAAGUGUCACUCUACCGCUGAGCGCCUACGAAUGGGGCACUUCGGAGACGGAAGAUCCAGCGGAGACUGUGUCACCCAAGCUCACGAAGCACGGCUUCUAUGUUGUCGAGCGUAUGGGAAAGUACUUUCGAGAUCACUUGUACCGUGAAUUCCUGAACGCCACGUGUGACGAAACGUUCGCCUACGCGGACAACAACGAGCGAGACAAUGUGACAGCGGUCGCGUUUCUGAGCGGGCUGUAUCCGCUGUGCAAAGAUCUCGUGCCGAUGACCACGGAGACGCGGCUUCUUUUUGAGCAGGGACAAGACCCUACAGCCAAGUGCCCUGUGUGCUCGAAAGCCAUGUACGAAGGCAUCACUGGAAGCAAUGACACGACGUUCGUGCUACAAGACAUACGAGAGGAGGUUACUGCAGUCAACGACCUUCUUCAGUGUUGUGCCACAUCUGUAUGCAAUCUUGUCGAGGAGUCUGCUAGCAUGAAGUCAGCACAGAGCUCUGCCACGUGCGACCUGUUCGGAAUUCCCACGACAUGGAAUGGGGCGUUUUAUAUGCCCUGGAGCGACACCCUCUCGAACGCAAACUAUUUCUCGGAAUGGCUGCUGCUGCAAAGUCUCAACAACAUGAGCCUGCCUUCGCAGUUUUCGUUCGAAACGAUCUUGUCUCUGGCCAAGAUCCACGAGACUCACAUGGACCUCAUUACCAACGAAAUCAAUAGCGCAAGUUUUGGCGCGACACUCCUCGCCCAUCUCACGGCUAGUUUCGAGCAGAACAUUUUGCAAAAGGCGUUGCCCGUAGCGAAGGGUGACGGGCCUCACCUUGCGCAAGGACCGAACAAUCGACUGCUGUAUUAUGCUGCCCAUGAUAUCAACCUGCUGUAUGUCCGCAACUUGUUAAGACUACAGUGGUAUACGAAAGGGUGGCAUCCGCACCAGCCCGUACCAGGAAGCAUGCUUGUUUUCGAGCUCCACGCAACGCCAGCAAAAACCAAAGAUGAUCAGCCUUCUCGUGUCGUGUCAGAGUCCCGAAAGCUUGAGUCGGCAACUGCGACUGAGGAACACGCAUCUUGGCGCGCCAGAGGGGAAAGCGGGCCGCACCGUGAUAACGACAGUCGGUUCUACGUAAAGCUGUACUUCGUCGCGGCUUCUCCUGCACAAAUUCGCAACGGUGAUAAGUUGGGCCCUGAAAACCCUCCAGACCGUGUGCAAGUCACCAUCCCGUCGUGCUCGGAGGAGAUGGAUAUUGGCGAUGGAACUACUGAUAUCCGCUGUCCGUUCUCGACGUUCAAGAAGCUGAUUGGAAAGACUCUUAAGCACGCAUGCGUCGCUGACACGCUGCGUCCAUUUGUCGAGUCCCUGGUCGACAACGAACGACUGGACAGGGAAUCUGCGAAAGAUCGCGUCCGGGGUGUCAACACGAGCGACUUCGGUAGCCUCGACGACUCGCCAGAGGCAGCUGCUGUGCUCGAUACGCUAGUGUGGGCAGUGUCCAGUUGCCUCGUCUUUUUCUUCGUUGUGCUCUUGCAACGCCACAAUGGCUAUGUCGACCAUUGGCCCGUAUCUUGUCGCCGUGCUGCCCUUUUCCUGCUCCUGCUGGCAGCGAUUGCAACUGCAGUAGUUGCUGCCCAUGUGGAUGCCAAGAGCAGUAGUCGUAGCAGUCGCAGUCAAAGCGACGACAAUGACAGUGGCGGCAUUCCAAGUCUGUCCGAACUCAACACCUACGAUGCACUUGCUAUCGCGCUCAUGACACUCGGACUAGCCGUGUCUUCAGCAGGUCGCGUCAGUAGCGGUGUCAUUCUAGUGCCGGUUAUGGUGCUGGUCAUGAGCUUUGAGAUCAAGCGCGCGACGCCUGUUGCCAACGUGGCCAUUCUGGGCGGCGCCGUCGCGAAUGCUGCGUCAGACCGUCCUUUGAUCGACGUAGAGCUCGCGCUGGGCAUGGUGCCCGUUGCAUUUGGAGGUACUGUCUUGGGCGCAGUGAUGAACAACCUCCUGCCGAGUUACGUGCGGUCUCUGCUGUUUGUCGCGGUGCUUGCGGUGGGCGGCUCGUGCGUUCCAAUGAUCGGCAUUCGUCUGCACAAGAACGAAACGAGGAAAGAGGCGGGAGGUGCUGCUGAAGACGUUGCUGAAGAGGACGUUGCUGACGUUUUGUCGAGCUCCGAGGACGUGUACGUCCAGGCCAGCGCACCGUCAAAGGAGGACAGUGUAGGCACAACAAAACACAUGAGCCGUACAGCGUCCACGGGCAUUGAAGUACCGCGAGCUGCAGCACUUGAUGCGAUCCUGGAGAAAGAGAGGCGCUUUGCCUGGGGUUCCCCCCGUCUCACCGUUCUGGUCUGCUGCCUCGGCAUUGUCGCUGCUAGCAUUGGCGGGGCGUCCGUAGCCUGCGGAGGUGUAGCCAACUGGGUGCUCUUGGCGAUUGAGACUUCAUGGGAUGCUCGCUUCGUCGUGCUUACGUCGCGGUACUUGCACAAGGUCUGCUGGUGCGAGUUGGCCGUCCAGUACGAGUACAAGGAAGGAGACGUUAUCUGGACAGCGAAGACGGUCGUGUACUUCCCGCCGGGCUGCGCGGUUGCUGGCAUUGUCGCGAGUGUGUUUGGAGUCGGCGGCGGCAUUGUCGCUGGAUCAAUCGUGAUCGAACUCGGUGUCGUGCUUGGAGUCGCCUCGUCGACAACGGCCUUAAUGAUUUUCUACGCAUCGGCCGCCGCGACCGCCAAGUUCGCCGUGUUCGAGACGAUCACGUGGGACUGA